GGAGAGGGGGUGGGGCCGGGGGAAAGGAUGAGCGGUGGGGGGAGGGUCAGGCUGGCCCUGGGGACCUUCUUUACCUGCGCUGGAGAGAGCGGAAGCGGCCCCGGGCAGGCUGGGAGAUGUAGUUCCUGCAGCUCCCCGGAGCGGAAGUGACAUCGGCGGCGCACUGCAAAGGACCGUUGGUCGCUCCGGUUCUGCCUGGCUCGCGCGGGGCAGUUGGAGCCUCUCCCGGGGCCGGAGAAGGGUGUGUGACUGAGAUCAGGGCUCUUAUCGUACUGAGCGUGGCCCUGUUCUGACAGCUGCUGCAGCAACCCCAACUGAGAUCUGGACCGUGCUUUGCCAGGCACUGAAGAGACCCCAGUUGUCCUUCUCGCCCUGCCAGGCUGCAGGAUGUCGUCCAUGUUUCGCUCCAGCUCAUCCCAUCCUCUCAUGGGACAGGGAAGGAAAAUGUCUACAGUGGAGCCAGUUCAGCGUUUCCAGUUUCCAAACCUAAUGUCAUUUUGCAGCUGGAACGAGGGGAAGAGUCGUGGGUCCCAGAUCUCCAAGUCUCUGAGAAAGAAGUGCUCCCAAGAGCUGCCUACCCAGGUGAUGGGAUGGUGAGUGAUAACGAGGAGGAGAAACCCCAGCAGGAAGAUGCUGAGCAAGUAGAAGCACAUAGGACAUUAUCAGGAAGAUCCAAAGGGAAUGUUUCCGGGAUUUGUGCACACCCAGAAAAAGCAAAAGCCUGUGAGACUGAGCAGAGGCCAGAGGAAAACUUCAGUAGCUUCUCAGAUCUUAUUUCAAGUGAGAGAAUCAACUUGGAAGACACACGUUACACAUGCCAUGAUUGCGGGAAACGCUUCAAUUGGCGUUCAUACCUUAUCAGACAUCAGAGAAUCCACACUGGAGAGAAGCCCUACAUGUGCACUGUGUGCGGGAAAAGCUUCAAUCUGCGCUCAAACCUUAUGAGACAUCAUAGAAUCCACACUGGUGAGAGACCUUAUGGAUACUCUGAGUGUGGGAAAUGCUUCACUAAUAGUUCAGCCCUCAUUUCACAUCAGCAUAUCCACACAGGAGAAGCACCCUACACAUGCUCAGAGUGCGGGAAAAGCUUCAAACAGCGCUCAGACCUUAUCAUACAUUGGAGAAUCCACACAGGGGAGAAGCCCUACGCAUGCUCUGAGUGCAGGAAAAGCUUCAAACAGAGCUCUACCCUUAUCAAACAUCGGAGAAUCCACACAGGGGAGAAGCCCUACACAUGCUCUGAGUGUGGGAAAAGCUUCAAGCAGAGCUCACACCUUAUCAAACAUAGGAAAAUCCAUAUAGGUGAGAAACCUUAUGGAUGCUCUGAGUGCGGGAAAUAUUUCUUUAAUCGUUCAGGCCUCAUCUUACAUCAGCGAAUCCACACAGGGGAGACGCUCUACACAUGCUCUGAGUGCAUGAAAAGCUUUAGUUGGAACUCACACCUUAUCAGACAUCAGAGAAUCCACACAGGGGAGACACCGCCCUAUGAAUGCAAUGAGUGUGGGAAAAAGUUCACUCACAGCUCAGCCCUUUCUGAACAUCAGAGGAUCCACACAGGGGAAAGGCCCUAUGAAUGCCGUGAGUGUGGGAAAACCUUCACUCACAGAUCAGGCCUUUCUAGACAUCAGAGAAUCCACACAGGGGAGAGGCCCUAUAAAUGCAGUGAAUGUGGGAAAACCUUCACUAGCGGCUCAGACCUUUCUCAACAUCAGAGAAUCCACACAGGGGACAGGCCCUAUGAAUGCCAUGAGUGUGGGAAAACCUUCACUCACAGAUCAGCCCUUUCUGUUCAUCAGAGUAUCCACACAGGGGACAGGCCCUACGAAUGCAGUGAGUGUGGGAAAAAGUUCACUCACAGCUCAGCCCUUUCUAAACAUCAGAGAAUCCACACGGGAGAAAGGCCCUAUGAAUGCCAUGAGUGUGGGAAAAACUUCACUCACAGAUCAGCCCUUUCUGUUCAUCAGAGAAUCCACACAGGGGACAGGCCCUACGAAUGCAAUGAGUGUGGGAAAAACUUCACUAGCAGCUCAGACGUUUCUAAACAUCAGAGAAUCCACACAGGGGAAAGGCCUUAUGAAUGCCCUGAGUGUGGGAAAAACUUCGCUAGCAGCUCAGACCUUUCUAAACAUCAGAGAAUCCACACGGGGGAAAGGCCCUAUGAAUGCCGUGAGUGUGGGAAAAACUUCAGUAGCAGCUCAGCCCUUUCUAAACAUCAGAGAAUCCACACAGGGGAAAGGCCCUACGAAUGCAAUGAGUGUGGGAAAACCUUCACUAGCAGCUCAGACCUUUCUAAACAUCAGAGAAUCCACACGGGGGAAAGGCCCUAUGAAUGCAGUGAGUGUGGGAAAAACUUCACUAGCAGAUCAGACCUUUCUAAACAUCAAAGAAUCCACACAGGGGAAAGGCCCUAUGAAUGCAGUGAGUGUGGGAAAAACUUCACUAGCAGCUCAGACUUUUCUAAACAUCAGAGAAUCCACACAGGGGAAAGACCCUAUGAAUGCCAUGAAUGUGGUAAAACCUUCACUCACAGUUCAACCCUUUCUGUUCAUCAGAGAAUCCACACAGGGGACAGGCCCUACGAAUGCAAUGAGUGUGGGAAAAAGUUCACUCAUAGCUCAGCCCUUUCUAAACAUCAGAGAAUCCACACGGGGGAAAGGCCCUAUGAAUGCCGUGAGUGUGGGAAAAGCUUCACUCAAAUAUCAGCCCUUUCUCAACAUCAGAGAAUCCACACAGGGGAGAGGCCCUAUGAAUGCCGUGAGUGUGGGAAAACCUUCACUAGCAGCUCAGCCCUUUCUAAACAUCAGAGAAUCCACACAGGAGACAAGACCUAGGAAAGCAGAGAAUGUGGGAAAAUCUUCUCUUGGCACUCAGCCCAUAUUAGCUAUCAGAGAAUCUGCAAAGGCGAUGAACACCGUAAAAACCUCUAUCAACUCAAUUAUCCCAUGAGUAGUUUGAGUGUGCCCUUCCUAUGAGGAACCAGGGAGCAUCACAUUUAUACCAUUCCUCCUAUUGCAGUUAUUGUUAGAGUCACCAGUGAUACAGAUUGUAUCAUUGCCAGUUGUUCUCACGUUGCUCUGGGUUGUGCUGAAGAGCAGUUAUAUUGGGAAUUUUUCAUAUUAUAGUUAAAUAAAGAGGAGCAGGGGGGGAAAGUGUCAUUUCAGCCUCUGUGACACUGGAAGGAGAUGGGAUGACUCAGAGAUUCCCUCCUUCCCCAUCACUCCAGAAUUGUUACAUUUUGGCUUCUCUGUGCAGAGUUUAUUUUCAUCACAUUCUAUCCUUCCACUUCUCAAAGUGUCAUAUGAGGAAGAGUUCUCAGCUGUCUGUGCUUGGAGGUGAUACUUUGAUUUCUUUAAUCCUAUACCAGAGUCGCUAUGACUGGAGAUGAAAGUGUCAAAGACCUGGGAGGGGAAUUUAAAUGGAUCCCAAACAUAGUGUAUUUAUUUGGCGUUUUAAUUCCAGGUUUCAUCUAUUGGUAAAGCCACUUCUGGCAAGGGGACUAUUUAGUCCCCCUUUAUGGGCAUGCUAGGAUACUUACAAUUUUGUAAAUAAUGUAACUGACUAUUGAGAGAGUGCUGAGUGAAGCUGCUUUGAAUGGAUCAGAGGAGAAUGUGAUGGGAGAAUCUCUUGUCCUGAUUCUGAAUAAUCAGAUGUAACCUGCUCUGGAAUUUCUCUUGACACUUUCAUUGUCAUGUAUUCUGUCUCUCUGUGAUGUGGGUUUCUAUCUUUCCUGAAGGCUGUUUGCUCACCCAAUUGGAUAUUAGUUCAGUUUGAUAGGAUGUAGCUCAGAUUUAUUGGAGAAUUUAAGAGAAAUUAGGACUUUAGGAAAUGGUCAUUUGUCACUUCAGCUUUGCUUUUUCCCCACCCCUCCAUGAUGACACGGAGAAAGUUCAAGUGCAGUUCUGUCAAUAGUGGAGAACUCUCCAAUUCACUGCACAUGCUAACAAAGAAACAGCAGUGAUUUAAAAUCUCCAUUCGGAAAUGGUGAACAACAGCAGAACCCCAACAAACUGAAGGAAGUGCAUAUGAUCACACUGGAGUUCAAUUCUUUAAGUCAGUAUUUUCUCAGAUGAUUUGGGGAGAGAAUUCCACAUUAAGUGAUUUCUAACUUGGCAAAAUGCCCAUGUAUUUGGUUCCUGAAGCAUUUUUGUAACCCAUGCCCCACAGAAGAUCUUUCCUAGCUAAUCGUAUGGUAUUUGGAAUGCUCCCGUUCACGAUGCAGAUGUGAAGGAAAGAGAAGUGGUAUUUUUGUUGAAUUUAUCCUUAAUAGAUGCUCAAAAUGUGUAUAAAAUGAAAUCAAUGUUGGAAAUCUAAUAGCUGCAGAAAAAUAGCUCUUGUAAAAUAGAAAUUCUAGCUCUGGUAACAAAGAUUCUGAUCCAGGCCUGUAUCCAGUUCCUUCUGCAAGAAUAUCCAAAAAAUAUUGUUUCGCUUCAUAAAUACAGUUGUGUGGCAGUAAAUGAUGACCCUAAAGUUUCAUAAAAGCAAAGAACGCUGAACAAAAAUGUAUGGGAAAUACGGAUGUAUCUGAGAAAAUGGAAUGAAGGAAGACAAAAAUUGAUCAGUCAAGAGAAAAGGCACUGUUUCCCCCUGGUUUGGAGCUUCUCUCACAACUACUGGAAUAGAAAAUCUAAGCAAAUGAUGUUCUAUUGCUGCAAAGGAGAUUGAAGUGAGGCUGUUUUCUCCAGAUAAAAAAAAAUGGUCAUGUCAGGAGUGGGAUUUGAAACCACAUCUCUAUGCAGAGACCAGAACACCUAAGAGAUAGGAAAAGAGAGUCUUAAAAUUGGCACUUCAGACCAGUCCACAAUCCUAAUGCUACAAAGAAUGUGACUUAUCAACCCUAGUUUUCAUUAAUAUUUGAUGACACUCUUUAGGGAGGUCGAGAUGGCACAUCUCUUUCAACUCCUAGAGACCUUCUACAGCACAGCUGAUUUUUAGACACACUCAUCCGGACCUAAAGUUACACAUUUCCUGGAGCUCCAUGAGUUCUGCGGUGUUGGAAUCUCCCUGCUCACAUUUUAAGUGAACAAACGAUGGUUGCUGGCAUGCUGAGAAAGUAAUGGUGACCCUCAAAAUCCUGCCCUGGGGGCCAGAUAGUUAAGCAACCAGCAUCCACAACCUCUACCAUGAUAGCAUCCUGUCCGGUAGCAGUUCACUUAUCAAUAGCUGGGGUGUGAAAUCCUCAUUUCUUUGUUGUUCUAUCACUGUAGUCUGCACUUUCCUAUUGC